AUGCAUUUUGGAGAUGACAUUGAUUGUCGUACGAAUAAACUAGAAAUUAUUAUGACUUAUAAUCGCAACAAAGGAGGGGUAGACAUGGUGGAUAAAUUGUGUGCUCAAUACGAUUGUGCUCGUGGCACCAGAAGAUGGCCAAUGGUCCUCUUUUACAGCAUGCUGACUGUAACUGGUAUAAAUGCGUUCGUAGUUUAUAAUGGAAAUCAUCCCGAUUCAAAAACACUCAGAAAAGAAUGUCUUCUAAAUCUUUCCAUGGCCCUCCUCUACGACUAUCAAAAAGAAAGAGCAGUUUCUGCCAGAUUACAAGAAGUGUGUAGUUUACCAGCUUCGGCCGAAGCUCAA